AUGGACGGUCUGUUGGAGGUGGUGUACGGACUUCUACCUGAGAAUUUUCCAGAUCCAGAGCUUGCUCAUGAUAUGGUCAUGUGGUUAGCUGCCAAGGGAUACUUGCCAUAUGAUCUCGAACGGGAUGACCCUGAACUGAGCGUCAACAUCAAGGGCCUGACCUUCCACACACCUGUAGGACUAGCUGCAGGGUUUGAUAAGAACGCCGAAGCCCCACUGAACUUUUGCAAGAUGGGAUUUGGUUUUGUGGAAGUUGGAACCAUCACUCCGAAACCUCAACUGGGAAAUCCGAAGCCCCGCAUCUUUCGUCUGGCAAAGGACCAUGCAAUCAUAAAUCGUUGUGGUUUCAACAGCGCUGGAUUGGAUGUUGUGGAGCCUCGCCUGGAAAAGGUCUCAAGAGAUCGAUGGCACGAUCGUCUUGAGCGCCAUUGCGUUCUUGGAGUUAACAUAGGCAAAAAUAAAGACACAGUGAAUGCAGAAGAUGAUAUCCGUGAAGGUGUGAAGCGUGUUGGCCGGUUCGCUGACUAUUUGGUUAUUAAUUUGAGCUCCCCCAACACAAAGGGCUUGCGGACGCUUCAGCAACGCGACCACUUAAGGAGCAUCAUCACUGCUGCUCAAAGCGAACUUGAAAAGCUGGAAGAACGCAGCCGCGCACAGCGUGAACGGGAUGGCCACUCAAAUCCAAGCGAGGAAGAGGAAGCCGCGUCGUCUGACAGCGUCACGCGCAAAGCCGAACAAUUCUUUCCUACCCAGACUGGCAAGCGCCCGCUGUUGUUCGUUAAAAUCGCGCCAGACCUGACGGAUGAAGAGAAACGGGACAUUGCUGAUGUGGCACUGGAGACUGGGCUGGAUGGGCUUAUUGUAACGAACACCACGAUCCAACGGCCGGAAUCGCUGAGAAGCGAAAGCAAGCACGAAACAGGAGGCCUUAGUGGCCGGCCCUUGAAAGCCAUGUCAACCAAGUGCGUCUCCGAUAUGUACAAGAUGACCAAUGGUCAAGUCGCUAUCAUUGCGAGUGGAGGUAUCGAGACGGGGCUGGAUGCGUACAAGCGAAUUAGGGCAGGGGCAAGCGCAGUUGAAGUGUACACAUCUAUGAUCUACCGUGGCCCUAUAGUGGCCCGACGCGUCAAGGAUGAGCUCUUGAAUAUUUUGAACCAAGCAGGCAUCUACAAUGUACAAGAUGCCAUCGGACUAGACCACAGGCCGCCGAAGAAAAAACGUGUUCGGAAACCAACUUUUGAUUAG